AUAUGUAGGACGUGUAUCAAUCUAUCUCAUGCUGAGGAAGGUUAGCAUUUCUCAUCACAGAGAACAAACAAGGUCGAUCGUAAUCGUAAGAGAAGAAACGCUUCUUUGGAUGGCAAUAUGGAAGGAAUUUCUUGCUCAGUUUAAUUAUGUACCAUAACUUUAGAGUUAUUCAGAAAUUAAAAUGAUUUCAUUUGACGAUCUGCAAUUGAUCAUCGCUGUAAUCAAUUGAAGGUGAAAUGGGAAGUUUGGGGGCGAUCGUGAAGCAUCCGGAUGAUUUCUAUCCGUUGUUGAAGCUGAAAAUGGCGGCGAGGCAUGCCGAGAAGCAGAUCCCUUCGGAGCCUCAUUGGGCCUUCUGUUACACCAUGCUUCAGAAGGUCUCUCGCAGUUUCGCUCUCGUUAUUCAACAACUCGGCACCGACCUUCGCAACGCCGUAUGCAUUUUUUACUUGGUUCUUCGAGCAUUGGACACUGUUGAGGAUGAUACGAGCAUACCAACAGAAGUUAAAGUCCCUAUUCUGAUGGCUUUCCAUCGUCACAUAUAUGAUCCCGACUGGCAUUUUUCAUGUGGUACGAAGGACUACAAAGUUCUCAUGGACGAGUUCCAUCAUGUUUCUACUGCUUUUCUGGAGCUCGGAAGAAGUUAUCAGGAGGCAAUUGAGGAUAUUACCAUGAGAAUGGGUGCAGGAAUGGCUAAAUUUAUAUGCAAGGAGGUAGAGACAACUGAUGACUAUGAUGAAUAUUGUCACUAUGUGGCAGGACUUGUUGGGUUAGGAUUGUCGAAGCUUUUUCAUGCGUCCGGAACUGAAGAUUUGGCUUCAGAUUAUCUCUCCAAUUCAAUGGGUUUAUUUCUUCAGAAAACAAAUAUUAUUCGAGAUUAUCUGGAGGAUAUAAAUGAGAUACCGAAGUCACGUAUGUUUUGGCCUCGCCAGAUUUGGAGUAAAUAUGUUAACAAACUCGAGGACUUAAAAUAUGAGGAGAACUCGAUCAAGGCAGUGCAAUGUCUCAAUGACAUGGUCACAAAUGCUUUGUUGCAUGCGGAGGAUGCCCUAACGUACAUGUCUGCUUUGCGAGAUCCUGCUAUCUUCAAAUUUUGUGCCAUUCCACAGAUCAUGGCAAUUGGAACCUUAGCUCUAUGCUACAACAACGUUGAAGUCUUCAGGGGUGUAGUAAAAAUGAGACGUGGUCUUACUGCUAAAGUUAUUGACCGCACAAAAACAAUGUCUGAUGUCUAUGGUGCUUUCUUCGACUUUUCUUGUAUGCUGAAAUCCAAGGUCGACAAGAAUGAUCCUAAUGCUACCAAAACGUUGAGCAGGCUAGACACAAUUCUAAAGACUUGCAGGGACUCUGGAACCUUAAACAAAAGGAAAUCUUACAUCGUCAAGAGUGAGCCAAACUACAAUUCAGCUAUGGUUGUUGUAUUAUUCAUUAUACUGGGUAUCCUAUUCGCGUAUCUAUCCGCAAACCGAUCAAUGAAUAUUUGAUUGGCUUAUGUGAGGGUGAAAUCAUGGGUAGCUGCACAAGCGCAUGCCUAGCUUCCUGGAUCAUUUGUGGUGCUUAUAUACAAAUACUACUACUGUAACGGCGAUGUUUGGCAUCACCUACGUAGUUGUCUAAUACAGUUUCUGUAACUUCCAUGUACAAACCACUUCUGAUUGAAAGUUCACUACUCAAUAACAAAUUGAGCAUGCUAUUGUAUUGUUUUUCUGACUUUCUGGAAUAUUUUUGUGGUUUUUGGUAAAGCAAUAUAUAUAUAUAUUGUUGAUAUUCUGUUUCUCUA